GUCCGGCUCAGCCCCCUCCCCAGCGCACCCCGCCCGGCGCCGCGAUGACCGUCACGUACACGGCCCGCGUGGCCAAUGCGCGCUUCGGCGGCUUCUCGCAGCUGCUGCUGCUGUGGCGCGGGAGCAUCUACAAACUUCUGUGGCGCGAGCUGGUCUGUUUCCUCGGGCUCUACAUGGCGCUGAGUGCCGCCUACCGCUUCGUGCUGACCGAAGAGCAGAAGCGCUACUUCGAGAAGCUCGUCAUUUACUGUGACCAGUAUGCCAGUCUCAUCCCGGUCUCUUUCGUGCUGGGUGUGGCCCCAAUUUCCAGAGACCUUGGAUAUCACCUGGUUACAGUCCCCAGGCUCCCGACGGGGUGGCUCCCUGUGGCCAGGGUGACAACCUGCCGAUGUGUCCCUAACAUAGGCCGUGUCUCCACCUCCAUACUGAGAUCCCAAUCCCACAUCCCAGGUUUCUAUGUGACGCUAGUGGUGCAUCGCUGGUGGAAUCAGUACCUGUGCAUGCCGCUGCCCGACGCGCUCAUGUGCGUGGUGGCAGGCACGGUGCACGGACGCGACGAGCGAGGCCGCCUCUACCGGCGCACGCUCAUGCGCUACGCGGGGCUGUCAGCUGUGCUGAUCCUGCGCUCCGUCAGCACCGCGGUCUUCAAGCGCUUCCCCACCGUAGACCACGUAGUGGAGGCGGGGUUUAUGACCCGCGAGGAGCGCAAGAAGUUCGAAAACCUGAAUUCUUCCUACAACAAGUAUUGGGUGCCCUGCGUCUGGUUCUCCAACCUGGCUGCGCAGGCCCGGCGCGAGGGCCGCAUUCGCGACAACAGUGCCCUUAAACUGCUGCUCGAGGAGCUGAAUGUGUUUCGGGGCAAGUGUGGAAUGCUCUUUCACUACGACUGGAUCAGCGUACCCCUUGUCUAUACCCAGGUGGUGACCAUAGCUGUGUACAGCUACUUCCUGGCCUGCCUGAUCGGUCGCCAGUUCCUGGACCCAGCUCAGGGCUACCAAGGUCACAGCCUGGACCUGUGCGUGCCCAUCUUCACCCUGCUGCAGUUCUUUUUCUAUGCAGGCUGGCUCAAGGUAGCGGAGCAGCUCAUCAAUCCCUUCGGAGAGGACGACGAUGACUUUGAGACCAACUUUCUGAUCGACCGCAACUUCCAGGUGUCGAUGCUGGCCGUGGACGAGAUGUACGACGACCUGGCCAUGCUGGAGAAGGAUCUGUACUGGGAUGCAACCGAGGCUCGCGCCCCCUACACCGCGGCCACUGCGUUCCUGCUGCAGCAGCCCUCCUUCCAGGGCUCCACCUUCGAUAUCACGCUGGCCAAAGAGGACAUGCAGUUCCAGCGGCUGGACGGCGUGGACGGGCCGCUGGGCGACGCGCACGGCGACUUUUUGCAGCGCCUCCUGCCGGUGGGGGCGGGCGUGACCGCAGGAGGCCUCCUGGGCCGGCGCCUGUCCUUAAUGCGCCGCAAGAACAGCUGCGUGUCCGAGACGUCCACAGCCACCAGCUGCGCGUGCGCAGGCGCCCCCGACGGCGCGGCCCCGGAGUGCGGGUGCGGGGACCCGCUGGUGGACGCCGGCCUGCGGGAGCCAGAGCCGGAGCUCCCAGCUGGCCCCGAGCUGCCCGUCCUGGGGCCCGCCGCCGCCGAGCCCUUCACCACUGUGCCUAUGCCCGCGCCCCGGGGGCCGGCUCCACCCUGGCUGCCCAGCCCCAUUGGCGAGGAGGAGGAGAGUCUAGCCUGAGGCCCUCAGGCCCAGGACCCCCAAGGACAGGGACACUAACUCGGACAGGGCACGCAGGCAGCAGUACGGGUCUGCAUAAGCCGCGUGUGGACUCCACCGGUUCCCACUUCCUGCGCACCAGCCUUCACGUCUGGCACUGGGGCUUGGAGCGCCCCCCGUGGGACGGGCACAGGGCUAAGGGUGGGGGGGAGUCUUUCAGUUUCUUUAACAGCCCGUCCUCCCCACCAGCUCCACUUCCCUCCCUCAGCUGCCUUGAUUCUUUCCUUAAAAUGGAGAUGCGAGUGCCUACCUCAGUGAGUUGUGGGGAUGAAGUGACGGUCUUGAAAGUGUUGAUACCUAAUAGGUGCUCAAUAAAAUGUUAGUGGUUUUUA